UUGAUGACUCCGCCAGUACGCUUGGUGGCAGCAGCGAUGGUGAUCCUGGCUUCUACAUUUUUCGGAGCUUUUAAUACGUAGUCAUGCACGGCGACCUCACCGUCCAUUGACAAACAUGGAGUCGGAGAGCGCCUUCAUCCCGCAGCUAGUGGAGAAAUGGUCUUGGUGUGGCUUUAGCCAUGCCAGCCUGUCACCUCCCACUAGCUCCACGGGAACUGAGGCCAAAAAAAUUACACACAACUCCGUUAUUCCCCCGAGUGAAGGUGCACAGAUUUCUGAUGAAGAAUUGCAGAAACUUUUCACAGAUACAUUUUGCAAUGUAUGUGGAGCUGUACUUCAGUUUGAAUCUCAACGGAUAUCCCAUUAUGAGGGUAAGAAACAUGCCCAGAAGGUGAAACAGUAUUUUCAGACACGAAAAUGUGAACUAGAAACUGAUGCAAAGAAAUGUGAAUCAAAAAAUUUCCAGAAAGAUGAAAAUGUGGAUAAGAACCGUUUCUGCAGUCUCUGUAACAUGGUUUUCAGUUCUGUUGUUGUGGCUCAGUCACACUAUUCGGGGAAGAUUCAUGCCAAGAAAUUGAGAAAACAAGGUUCUACGCAGUCUUCUGCUAGUUUGGCCACAUUGACUGCCAUCCCUCACGAAGGAAACAGUAUACUGUCAGAGAUCAUUUCUAUAUCUAUCCCCGAUUCACCUGCCACACCUAUGCCAGAGGCCCCAAAGGAAGAUAUUGUUAGUAGUCCACAAGAGCCCAGGACGGAGCCUAUGGUUUCUUCAGCAGACUUUAAUGACUACAAUAAGUAUUGUGAACUUUGCUCAGCAUCCUUCUAUAGCCCCACAAUGGCUCAGCAACAUUACAGUGGAAAGAAGCACUCUCGUAAUGCAAAACGACAAAAACUUCUAAAAGAUAUGGGUGAAAAGGCAGUUCCUUCUGAAUCAGAGACAAACACUGUUGGAGUUGGGAUAUUCCCUUGUCCAAUUUGCAGUAUUACUCUGAACUCCAUAGAAGUGUACCAGUCACAUAUGCAAGGAAAUAAACAUCAACUCAAGGAAUCCAAGGUUUCUAACCUGAUUAAAGAUUCAAAAAAGAAGGUGUAUGCUUCUUUUCAGGAAGAACUGUCUGAUUAUGUCCAGGUUCAGAAAGCUAGAGGGCUGUCACCUAAGAACUAUGUUACAAAAGGAAAUGAGAAAAAUGAAACAGAGGAGUAUGACGAAGAAUGUGACAAAGGUAUCACAAGUUAUUGCUCAUCUUCCACUUUCUCUCCUUCGGGUUUGUUCCAUCAAGGAGAUGGCAACAAAAAAUGCCGUAAAUUGAAAGUUAACCAGCGAUGUAAAAUUGAGAGAUCUGUGGAUACAGUCAAUUUUGGUUUUUUACCUAAGGACAUAAGACAUGGUCCCUGCAAAAGCAGGGGUGCAUUUGUUUUCUCUCCUAGAAACACAUUUUCUACAUACCCUGGUUUUCAGGAUAAAUAUUAUGGCUCACCAAUCCCUCCAUCAGCUCAGGAAAAACUAUCUCAGACUGGGGAGAGUAUGGAGGCAACUCUUACUAAAUGUUCUAGAUUUGAACAUCAGAAUGUCUAUGACCCUUCUGCUGAGUCAUUGGUAACUAUUAACCCAUCCUUCAGAAAAGACUCUUUAAAUAAACCAACUACAUAUUUCAUUACUAACAUAUACUCAUCUACUCAAGAAAAUAUAUUAUCAUCACAGCCUUCAUUUGGAAUAAAACCACCAAGAGAUGUGAGUAAAGUGAAUGAUAGUUUUAUCCUGUCACAGUUUUUGCAAAGUGCAAAAUGUCCUUCCACCAGGGAAUCUAAUGGUAGUUGUCAAGGCAGUAGCUCAGAUGCCAAUGACAAUUGCUAUUAUGACCAGGGAAGGAGAUCAAAAAGAGAUUUUCCAGAGAGUUCAAAGUCUGAGAAUGAUUCUGAUACAGAAGAAAAGACACCACAAAAAAAACAUAAGCACAAUCACUCUGAUUCAAAGAGAGGAGGUGAAGUGAAUGGGCAAAAGAGAGACAAAUCUAAGCAUAGGAAGGAGAAAGAAAGCAGAUCAAAGCACAGGAAGGAUAAAAAAAAGAAAGAAGAGAUGGAUAGCCGAACAGAGGAGGAAAAACUUUGGGAUGAAUCAAUUAUAGGGCUGUAAUCAAAGAGUUGCUAUUCUUAUUUAUUUAACAUAACUGCUGUAAUUGUUUGACUCAGGUGAAAAACUUGUAUUCUAAGUGUGUGCCGUUGAUAGCUAGUCCUUAGGUUCAGUGGACAGGUAAUAACAUUGUAUGCUGUCUGUGGAAUCAUGAAACCCUCUUACAAAUAACAGGUAAGCAUAAUAAAAAAAAACUGUUUUUUUUUUCAUGUUUACUUUUCAUUUGUAUUUAAAUAUGAAAGUUUUGAAAUCCAUGCAGCAAACAUUGAGUUUUUUCUUAUAAUAUUAAAGUAAAAUAUGUGCACACUGUCCUUUUUUUCCUGCAUGUAUUUACAAUACAAGGAAUGUUUGAGAUGUCUUAUAGGUUAAAUUAGUAAAACUGCAACACUGCUCAGAAAUAUUAAAAGAAUACAGUAUGUAUAAGGAAUUGCAACAUAAUCAAUAAAAGCCCAACAUAAAGCAAUGUUAGAAAAGUUUAUGAUGAGAAGGGCCUUGUGGUUAUGAACAAAAACGUAAGGAAGUCAAAUGUAAAAUUUUACAAUAAGCCCUGUGAGGAUGAAUUAACUGUGGGUUGGAGACAUAGGAGGAAGGAUGAUGAAUACUUGGGAAAAGUAGUGUGCUUUUGUGGUGGUGAAUGGAAUUGGUUACUGAGGGAGGAAGACGAGUAGUUGUAAAUGGAUUCAUGAGUUAGAAGUCUCCAUAAAUAGAUUUUUGUUGCUAAAAAAUUGCAUUAGUUCUGUAUGGCAUCAUGGCUGUCUUCAGGGACAUGACAGUUGAAGACCGUGCAUUGGGGACAGCCAGCCAGCUUUUGAAAAGGUAAUGAUUGUUAAGUCCGUUGUCUAUAUAUCCAGAGUGUGCCCAUGUAUAUAUAUAUGUGUGU